UUUGUUUUGAUUUUACGUUACACCGGAUCUUAUGGGGUGCGUUACAACGCAGGAAAUAUGUUUUCCGUCAUAUUAUGGUCUCGUACAUUUCGACCGGGUCUUACCGUCUUACGCAAUAGUACAUUGUCGUUUCGUGCCAAUACUUUGCCGAAACUAACUUUCGGACCCGGUCCCACUCGCAACAAAGUAACCCCUGUAAACUCUGGCGGAUCACUUCCUCCAAAUGAUGCAUUUCUUCAAGGUAAUGCAACAAAUUACAUUGAAGAAAUGUAUGAGGCCUGGCUUAAAAAUCCCUCGUCAGUUGAUAUGUCUUGGCAGGCAUACUUCAAGAAUAUGGAAGGAAUAAAACCGAUGCUUAACGUUCCAUUGACCGGUCCUGUCACGUCUGUUUCAACGAGUACUCAAUUUUCUAGCGAUUAUGAUAUAAGUGACCACAUGAAGGUUCAACUUUUAGUGAGAGCUUAUCAAGUUCGUGGGCAUCACAUUGCAAA